AUGGAGCUCCCUCUGUGUCCUGGAGACGAAGGCUUUUGGCACGACGGACGCGUUUCCGCCUGUGUUUCCCGUGACGUGCUGGGCUCCCUCGUGCCUUCAGCAGCCGCUGCCGUUUCGCUCACGGUCUUGAGCAUCUGGCUCGCCGUCAUCUGGAGGCGCUCUUAUCCGGAAUCACGACACGAUACCCACAAUUACGGGCUCGACAUCCAACUUCCCGCUACCGAUGGCAACGUCACCACACACGAGCCGGACGAGGAGGAAGAGGAAGAGUACCUGAUCAGCUGGCUCUUCACGGGAGAAGACUCUCCGCGGGCCAGCAGCCGCUGCAACUCGCAGACAGACUACGAAAGCCAGAGCGAAGCGGUACUUAACGACGCGGUUGGCGGCUCGCGUUCUGUCAACAACGCCGCGUACGAGCUGCCCCAGACAGUUACCACCCUAUCCCCAGCGGCGUCUAUCAUCGAGGCAAUUGUCAUACUCGCGAGUACCCUGGCGCACGUCGUUCUCUUCGUUCUGUUUCCCUCCCUGUCUCGAGAAAACACCUUCACGCUGCCCCUCGCCCAAAUCCUCACAGCCAUCUACAUGCUUGCGCUUCUGGCCAGCCGCGUUUGGAGUAACACCGUACGCAUCCGGUCUGCCCUCCAGACACACUCUUUUAUCCUGUAUUCAAUACAGUGGGUGUGCUCGCUGGUAUCGGCGCACUCUUCUCUGCUGCAAGAUGAUGCUAGGCUUCGGGCCGUUCUGGCACUACUCUUUCUCGCCACCUUCACCAUCCUGGUGGCCCUUCAUGCGACAGCACCGAGGCAGUUGACAGAGAACUCGGAUGAGACAACAAACGGAAUUUUGGAGCCAGCUCCGGAGGAUACUUCGAGCCUCAUCUCGCUCCUGACCCUCUCAUGGGUGACCAGCUACGUGGCCAAAGGCCGUCGAUCCUCACCUGAGCAGCCCGACCUCGACCGCCUUGGUCUUGACCAGAGAAUGUCACUAUUGGCCGCCGCGUUCACUCAAACAGCAAGCCCGUCUGCUGGUCUUGUGAAGCGACUUGUCCUGUUUCUCAAGCGCGACAUCCUUGUCCAAGGCUUUUGGGCUGUCUCCAUGAGCAUCCUGCUCUUUGCCCCCGUUGGGUUUCUACGGUCGAUUCUCGCGUAUCUCGACAAGCCAGAACACAUCCACAACAGCACCAUCUGGGCUUUGGCCUUGGCCAUCUUCAUAUCCAAGCUACUUACUGGGCUUGCUGCCACCCAGUGCGACUGGGCAGGUGCUAGGCUCGGGGCCCGGCUCAAGGGAGUGCUACUCAGUGAAGUCAUGGCCAAGUCACUUCGACGAAGCUCCCCACGGCCACUUCCCAAAACCAGGGGAACUACCCGUGAGCAGAAAAGAGCUGAUUCCGCCUACGUCAAGUCUUUCCUUGACCUCGUCAAGGUGGACGCAGACGUGGUGAGCACGCUAGGCUGCCACGUGCACGUCUUGUGGCUCAGCGCCCCAGUGCAAGUCUUUGCCGCCAGUUAUGCGUUGUUCAACAUCGUCGGCAUCAGUGGCCUCGCUGGCGUGGCUUGCUCGUUCAUCAUGAUUCCAUUUUACCCCCAUUUGUUGGAGAAGCAGACUGCAGCCGAGCAGCGGAAUUCGCACAUUGGGGGGGUAAGAUCGACUACGAUGGCAGAGUUUGUAUCUGGAAUUCGCAUCAUCAAGUACUACGCGUGGGAGGCGUCUUUCCAGAGUCGUGUUUCGUCACUGCGCGAGGCAGAGGUCGCAAACCUUCGAGUGCGAAUGUUUUGGUGGUCCCUUUCUAUGACGGCUGGGUACUCGGUGCCGCUUGUCGCAACGACCGUCACUUUGUUCCUGCAUUGCUUUGUGGCCAAGCAGAGACUUACAGCCGCAAGCUUUUUCUCAACCCUGACGGCUUUGGCCACUCUGCGAGCACCAUUGGAUCGCCUCUCAGACAUUGCUGGGUUUGUGCCAUCAGCCAAGGCGUCCAUGCUCAGGAUCACGGAAUACCUCAUGGAGCCCGACGUCCUCGAGUCACCGUCGCCACGGCGUUUUGACACCAUUGGGUUUCAAGGGGCAUCGUUCAAAUGGACUGGUUCAGGCACUCAGUUACCUCAGGAGACUGACUCACUGUUGAUGUCACCGCGCCCAGAAUUCAGGCUCACUGACGUGAACAUUUCUUUCGCCAUCGGCAAGUUCAACGCAAUCGUGGGCCACCGAGGAGCAGGAAAGUCGUCGCUGCUGCUGGCGCUCAUGGGAGAGAUGGAACGUGUCGCUGGCCGUGUUUGUCUCACGGUCGACAAGGAAAGCACACGAUCUCUUGCGGCUCGUUACCCGUUUUGCCCCUCGGACUCAGUCGCCUACUGCGCUCAGACGCCGUGGAUUCAGAAUGACACGCUUCGAGCCAACAUCACCUUUGGGCUUUCGUUUGAUUCAUGGCGUUACAAGUCUGUGCUUGAGGCUGUCGCCUUGAUGCAUGACCUGCCGCAUCUGCAGAAUGGCGAUCUCACCAUCGCGGGCGAAAACGGGUGCUGGCUGUCGGUCAGCCAGAGACACCGCUUAGCACUCGCCCGAGCUCUCUAUAGCACUGCGAAAGUGAUCCUCAUCGACGACCUCCUCACCACGCUCGACAACUCCACGGCUAAGCAUGUUUUGCUCAAGGCCAUCAAAGGCCCUCUGAUGUAUAACCGGACAUGCAUCAUGGCAACUUGCCAAGCUCGGAUGGCCGUGCCAUUCUGCGACUUUGCCGUUCGUCUUGACCAUGGAAAGGUUUCGGCUCAGGGAACACCGCAAGAGCUUGUCGCCGCAGGAGCCGUGUCCCGCAACCUUCUCACGGACGUGACGGAGAUCUUUGCCAGCGUGGCGCCGCUGCCGGAUAUCCCGUACGAGAGUACUUUUCUGUCCAAAAACCUUUCGAGAGUGCCGACCGAUAAGCCCAAAGACGCAGCUGUCACCCCGUACGAAGUGGACAAGUUGACCGGCACCCCCAGCUGGGCGGCCCUAGUAUUUUACAUCCGGGCGAUGGGGCCGCUAUAUUGCCUGCUGGCUGCCAUUUGUGCAUUCGCGACUCAGCAGGCGCUCAUGUUGGUGUUGAACCUCUGGGCGACGGCAUGGGUCGCGUCGGACUACGUUCCGGUUGUUGCUCGACCUGGAUUCCACGUUGGGGUCUACGCCGCCAUUGUUGCUGUUUACAUUCUCGUGUGUCGGCUCAGCGACAUGGCAGCAUAUAGUCGGGUCCUGGCGGCAUCUUGGUCGAUUCAUGAGCGUCUGAUCUCCCGCAUCUUCCAUGCAAAAUUUGGUUUUUUUGAAGAAACACCUACUGCAGAUAUAGCGAAGCGAUUCACCGGCGACGUGGACACAAUGGAUGGGGACCUGGCACCUUCAAUCGUCAGCGCCCUUCACCUCUCUUCGAACCUCGUCAUGAGCCUGGGAGUCAUUUCGGCAAGUGCCAUGUACACCAACGUGUCUCGACAAUUGAGACGAGUCGCGGCCGUCAAGAAGCUGCCAUUGGAACAGCGUCUCAGAGAGAUGUUGAGAGGAAACGUGACGAUCCGAGCUUACGGCCGGCAGGCUGAGUUCACAGAGCAAUGCCAUCGCUUGGCAGAUCAGCUCUCGCGGCCCAAUGUGUUGCUGGCGGCAAGUCGAGAAUGGAUCACGCUCCGCGUCGCGUUUCUCGGCGCCUUCAUGUCCUUCUCGGCAACUGCGCUCGUUGUCUGGUACAAGGACGCCAUUAGCAGCGGGCUCGCGGGUCUCGUACUUGCAUAUGCCUUAACGUCCACAGAAAGUUUGGUCGUGUUGGCGCAAGUCUGCUCACAGGGCCAUCAAGCUUUAAACUCGGUCGAACGCAUCAAAGAGUACAUGGAGACGGAGCAGGAGUGCUUGGAUCCGACUCGAGAGCGCCCUGCGCCGAGCUACAGCUGGCCCCGCGGAGGACACAUUCGAUUUCGCAGUUUCGCAACAAAACACAACUCUACCCUCUCCCCGACGAUGCGCGACUUUGACCUGCAAGUCGAUGCGAACCGUCGCCUUGGCAUUGUGGGCGACAUCGGUGGCAAAGAAUCGUCGCUUGGCCUGGCUCUCAUUCGCGUGCUAUUGCCGUCUCAUGGUCGAAUUGAGCUCGAUGGUGUCGACAUUGCAUCUCUCAGGCUCGACGUCCUCCGCCAGUUCGUGACAGUCGUGCCGCGGGAGCCCACCUUAUUCAGUGGCAGUCUACGCGAGAACCUCGAUCCGGACAUGGUUCAAGACGAGGACCGACUUUACGAGCUACUAGAGAGCCUCCACGUGCCGCAACUGCUGCCCGGCCUCGAUCUCGACGACUACCUCCCCGAGGGACUUUCGCGAGCCCAAAAGCAGAUCAUCUGCAUCGCCCGCGCCAUGCUCCGCCAGUCCCUCGUUCUGGUCCUGGACGAGGCCACCUCUAUGUUCGACAGUGCCACCGACCAGAGGGUACAGGUCGCACUCCGCGACGGCAUCGCCGCCGGCACUACCGUCAUCGCCAUCUCGCAACGCCUCACAACCGUCGCCGACUACGACCGAAUCAUUGUCAUGACGUCUUCAGGAGGCAUAGCCGAGGACGGACCACCGAUGAAGUUGCUGGACAGAUACGAUGAGCGAAGCGAUGAUGACGCCGUGUUCAGGACCAUGUGCAAGCGAGCGGGCAAGUUGCGGCUCAUGGAGCAUUUGGCAGGCCUGAGGAGGUAG